UCACCAUAAUUCUAAUAAUAUUAGUUCCUAUUCCACUUUCUUUCACUAGAUCAUCCAUUUUUUGGCCUUAGUCUUCCUUUCUGUUUUUGCCAUCAAAAUUUGUACUUUUCUGCUUUCCCUUUCUUCCCUGUCCUGUCAAUAGUGUGAAGAAUUGCAGACCUACAGAAACUUUCCUUCCUCCCACCACUCUUUUGUGCUGCCAAUAUGGAAUUUAUGUGUAUGUGAGUCCCGAACUUCGUAACUUUUCUCUCUUUAUUCCAUCACUUCCACUGCAAUAUUUUAUGGUCAUGUCUCACUUCUCAUCUCAUUUAUAACUGAGUCACUACUUCCAACCUUCUUACAUCUGCCCCUUUCUCAUUCUUCUUCUAGCUAAAAGAGGAAAUUAAAAAAGUUUGACACUUUCCGACACCAUCUUUCUAGCUACAUGCUUUAAAAUGCAUGUCUAGUAUUGUCUAGUGUCUUCCAUUCUAAAACCUCACAUAAGACAUCAUAUUCUUUGAUGUUUUUUUUUGUUUGUCAUUUUGAAGCUUCAUUAGAGACAUAAAUUCUAAGAACUAUUUGCUUCUUUGUUCUAGGGAAUCUUCAGUUUCUUUCCAUGAACGAAUCUCAAAACACCAUUCCCCACUUGUUCAGAUGCCCCAUCAGUUUAGACUUGUUGGAAGAUCCUGUGACUUUAUGCACAGGCCAAACCUAUGACAGGUCAAACAUAGAAAAAUGGUUUGCUUCAGGUAACCUCACAUGUCCAGUUACAAUGCAAAAACUCCAUGAUCCAUCCAUUGUUCCCAACCACACUCUUCGCCACUUGAUCGAUCAGUGGCUUCAAUUUGACCCUGGCAACUCUGAAAUCCCAACUAUUGACUCCUUAGCUUCUCUGAAACGCAACCUUGAAUCCCAUGAAACCAGCUUAGAAAACAAGCUCCAAGCGCUUAGAAAAAUCAGUCUCUUAUCUGAUGAGUAUUGUUCCUUUAACAAAUCAUGCUUCCUCCAAUUGGAUUUCCUACCACUGCUUUUGGAACUAGUCUUCGGAACUCAAGUGUCAAAAAAUGACAUGAACCUCAUAGAGCUAGGACUUUGUUGCAUUAGAAAAUUGUUGCCCCUUGGUAGUUCGGAGCCUCUAAAUGUGAUCAAAGAUGGGUCUAAAUUAUCAAGUUUUGUGCUAUUAUUUGAAAAGGGUACUAACUCGGUUAAGUCCAGCUUGUGCCGUGUCAUAGAGUCAGCAUCAUCAACAUCUGACACACAAGAUUUAUGUUCAAUUCUCGGAAACUCCCACAAACUAGUGCACGAGAUUGUUCAUGUUGUUAACCAAAAUUACGAGGUUUCUGUGGAUGCAAUUAAAGCCAUGUCAGCACUAUGUUCGAUGCAAUCUAACAGAGAGAGUUUGGUGAGAGGAGGAGCAAUAGAGGAAAUUAUAAGGUACAUUUCAUCAUCAGAAAGAAGAGACUUGGCACCAGUGGCUAUGAGAAUUGUCGAAAAACUUGUGGAUCUGAAAAGUGCUAAAGAGGCAUUGGUGAAUCAGCCUGGUGGUGUUCAGACAUUGGUGAACAUGGUUUUCAGGGUGUCUGAUCAAGAAUGCAGUGAGAGUGCUGUUGAAGUGCUUUUAAUAGUUUGUGGUGAAUUUGGGUGUGCAAGAGAGGAAGCCAUUGAGAAUGGAGUUUUGACUCAAUUGCUAUUGCUUUUGCAGAGUCAGUGUAGUAAUGCAACAAAAUCAAAGGCGAGAAUGCUGCUAAAAUUGCUAAGAUCGGAGGCAAAGCAGGGUUAGAUUGUUGAUAAUAAAAGUGUAUGUAACAAAAUAUUCAUAAUGUUUAUAAAGACUAGAAAGUGUAUAUGUAACUGUUUUGUGGGUCUCAUAGUUACUGUGCCACUGCGAAUAUAGCUGUAAUCUUUGAAUAAUUCAGUUUUGUCCGCUCACACGCAUUCAAAAACCAAAACUUUAAAGACAACAGGAUGUCACUUAUACUCUGUAUAACAUUUCUUGCUUAAAUUAUAAUUUUU